GCUGGCAGGGCUGGUCGCUGCGCGGGCCCUCUGUCUGUGGGCCAGCAAUGGCGGGCGGGGUCUCAGUCUCGCAUGUGCUGGGGCUGCUGCUUGUGUCUGCGCUUCUUGGGGUCUUCGGAGAGCGUCCCAGCCCCGACCUCGGGGCACCCCCAGGGCACCGCGCCCGGGUCGGCAAAGGGGCCACCGAACCCCGGAGGCGGCCGCCGUCCAAGGACCAGCGCGAGCGGGCCCGGGUCGGGGCUCUGCCUAUGGGGGCGCUGUACACCGCGGCCGCCGUGGCUUUUGUGCUGUACAAGUGUUUGCAGGGUAAAGACGAGGCCACAGUUCUCCAAGAGGAGAAAGGCAAGAAGAAAUCAUUGCAGUCAGAGCAACAGCUGGCCCAGUUGACGCAACAACUGGUCCAGACAGAGCAGCACCUAAACAAUCUGAUGGCCCAGCUGGACCCCCUUUUUGAGCGUGUGACUACUCUGGUUGGAGCCCAGCGGGAACUUCUGAACAUGAAGCUACAGACCAUCCACCAGCUUCUGCAAGAUUGCAAGCCAGAUAAGGGUGUAGAAGUUCCAGAGCCAGAAGCCAGCACACCCUUUCCUGAGGACUUGCAAAAAGAAAAGGACGAGCAGGAAGCUGGUGACAGUCAGGCCUGGGAGGAACCCAUAAACUGGAGCCCAGAAACUUGGAACCUAGCUACUUCCUGGGAAGUGGAGCAGGGGCUAAGGAGAAGAUGUGGCAAGGCUGUGACAAAGGGCCUCAGCUCCAGCAGGAAAGGAGGGACUACAGCUGAAGGUUUAGUAAAACAAAGUCUGUUUUUGUGA